GUAUUGUUGGAGAAGCAGAUGAAAAUGGAGAAGAUUAUUACCUUUGGACUUACAAAAAACUUGAAAUUGGUUACAAUGGAAAUAGAAUUGUAGAUGUCAAUCUGACCAGUGAAGGAAAGGUGAAGUUGGUACCAAACACAAAAAUCCAGAUGUCAUAUUCAGUGAAAUGGAAGAAAUCAGAUGUGAAGUUUGAAGACCGAUUUGACAAGUAUCUUGACCCAUCUUUCUUCCAGCACAGAAUUCACUGGUUUUCAAUAUUCAAUUCUUUUAUGAUGGUGAUCUUUCUGGUUGGCCUAGUGUCUAUGAUAUUAAUGAGAACUCUGCGAAAAGAUUAUGCAAGAUACAGCAAGGAGGAAGAAAUGGAUGAUAUGGACAGAGAUCUAGGUGAUGAGUACGGGUGGAAGCAGGUCCAUGGAGAUGUUUUUAGACCAUCUAGUCAUCCUCUAAUAUUUUCAUCGCUUAUUGGUUCUGGUUGUCAGAUUUUUGCUGUGUCUCUUAUAGUCAUUGUUGUUGCAAUGAUAGAAGAUUUAUACACAGAGAGAGGAUCAAUGCUUAGUACAGCUAUAUUUGUUUACGCUGCAACAUCACCAGUAAAUGGAUAUUUUGGAGGAAGUCUUUAUGCUAGACAAGGAGGAAGGCGAUGGAUAAAGCAGAUGUUCAUUGGAGCCUUCCUUAUUCCAGCAAUGGUGUGUGGAACUGCCUUCUUCAUUAACUUCAUUGCCAUCUAUUAUCAUGCUUCAAGAGCUAUACCCUUUGGAACCAUGGUGGCAGUGUGCUGUAUUUGUUUCUUUGUCAUUCUCCCAUUGAACCUCGUUGGUACAAUUCUUGGCCGAAAUCUGUCAGGACAGCCUAAUUUUCCAUGUCGUGUCAAUGCAGUGCCUCGUCCCAUACCAGAGAAAAAAUGGUUCAUGGAACCAGCUGUUAUUGUUUGCCUAGGUGGAAUCCUCCCUUUUGGAUCAAUUUUUAUUGAAAUGUAUUUCAUUUUUACUUCAUUCUGGGCUUACAAGAUCUACUAUGUUUAUGGCUUUAUGAUGUUGGUUCUGGUUAUUCUCUGCAUUGUGACAGUUUGUGUGACUAUCGUUUGUACGUAUUUCCUGCUAAAUGCAGAGGAUUACAGGUGGCAAUGGACAAGCUUUCUUUCUGCGGCAUCAACUGCAAUUUAUGUUUACAUGUACUCCUUUUACUACUACUUUUUCAAGACAAAGAUGUAUGGCUUGUUUCAAACAUCAUUUUACUUUGGUUAUAUGGCAGUAUUUAGCACAGCUUUGGGAAUAAUGUGUGGAGCCAUUGGUUACAUGGGAACAAGUGCCUUUGUUCGUAAAAUCUACACUAAUGUGAAAAUUGACUAAGGAAAUAAGAAAAUUGAACUAUGGAUCAGUUCCUGUUUUCAUGGGGACAAACUUGCACAACAAAAAGCGCGAGAAGAGAUUUGGGUUUUAACACUGGGCACUAUAUGGGUCUCCAUUUUGUGGAUGGCUUAAAGUAACAUCUAUUUCAUUGAUCCUAGGUUCUUACUGACUGCUUUCUCCAACUGUUCACAGCAAAUGCUUGGAUUAUAUGCAGUAGGCAUUACUACAGUACGUGGCUAAUCUUCCCAAAAAAAAAAACCAAACGACAAAAAACAAAAAACCUAGCUCAUUAAAGAUGAAUAGACUAGCUCUCUUCAGUGAAGAGGACAAACGGUUUAUUUAAAGCAUUUGUUCCAUUCAAUAAAAGAGGGAAACUUGGCUGCUAAAACUACUUGAUUAGUAGUCUUCCUGGUACUUAACAUUUCUAAAUUAUGUAAAAAUGCAGUUCCAGAAAGAUUACUCUUCUGAUUUUUACUGCCAUUGCCAGGAUAGGAGGUAUGUUUUAUAUUUUGACUCCAGGUGCUUUUUGGUUUAUUUGCGAUACCAACUAUACCCUACACUCAUUUGUUUAAAAAAUAAUUUAAAAAUAUAUAAAAAAACCCAUAUGCAUGUAAUAUAUCGGCUAUUGUUCUAGUUGGACCAACUUCCCUUUAUUUAUCUUUAAAGUAAUAUCCAGCUACAUCUUAAAUCCAUCCAAAGAAAAUACAGUCUGAAGAUGGGAUGUGUGCUCUGCAAUGCAAUUUACUGUACAGUUAGAAAGCAAAAUGUUAAAUGAAGAGGAUUGUUUGUUUUUUAAUAAACAUUUGAGGUCUAGAUUAAAACAAAAACAACAUUUUAACUGAAUGUCUAAAGUGAUUCUCCUUUUUUCCAAGUUAGUCUUGCAUUUUUUUUGUUUGGGUUUGAAUGAAGAUUUUCCUUUAGACAUUAUACAAGGGGUAAUAAGUGUAUAUAACAUUAAAUAAUGUAACUUAGGUGUAGAUCCCAAAUGUAUUUGGAUGUACAGAUUUACUACAGAGUACUUUUCUGAUGAUUCGGUGUAAAAAUGUGUGAAUUUGGGUGGCUUUUUACAUCUUGCCUGCCAUUGCAUGAAAAAAGUUGGGGGUUCUUCACAAUGUGUGUAUGUCAUGCUUUUCUGUUCUAUUUUCUUUCUCAAGCUCUUACAGAAAUCAAAUUUGUAAUUAAGAACAUUUUAAUUUUUGUUAAUCCUGUCUGGACACUUCUGCAACAUCAAAAGCACAGUUGCUUUAGAGUGUUCAGAAAGCUAAAAUAAACGUUUCAGACAAAAA